CUGUCCCUGUUUCUGCCCUCCCUAGCGUCCGACCUCUCUCACUUAUUCUCCGUCUAUAUCGAACCCGGGGUUUGGAAACUUGAGGCAGACGUUAUCAGUGUUCCACCACGCGGCCUGAGAGGCAGACGGAACUGCACGCGGGAGCUGUCGCCACCGCUGACUCUCGUUGACGAUAACACUUCAAAGAGUUUCCAACGGUAGGCAUCCAAUCCCGGUAGAGUUAGCAGAAGCUUAAAUUAACUUGACUUUUAUUGCAAGAGGCCAGAUAGUAUUUCGUUCCAAGCAAGCAAGUACUUAGAAUUGUUUGUCUGCCGAAAGCCGAGCAGCUAUACGGUGCGAGAUAGGAGAUUGUAUCUUUCGGUCGAGGAGCUCGGGGCGACAUAACAGUCGGGGAUUGUCGUCGACGAUUAGCAAAUCCGCCGUCCCUACGACGCCUCGUAGCUCUGUGGUAAACUAUACACCGUGAUUAUGUACUGAAACUUAUGGUGGGACAUGAUUGGUCGCCGUUCGUCACGUGGUUGCAUGGGCUGUGCCAUAUAUGGAAUAAUGCGCUAUUAAAAGUGUGCCAGAGGUUUCCCGGAGUGCAGUGUGGCCAUAAUUCAUCAAAAUUGCAAAGGAUAUUGGCACCAUUAUUGCUGUGCCACAAAUCAAACGGAACAGAUGAGUUCCUACCAAUUCGUCAAUACACUUACGUCGUGUUACGGUCGUGGCAGUCAGGAUUCCGCUGACUAUUAUACGCCACAAGUACAACAAGCUUACGGGAACUGUUAUAGCGGACCCUCGUCACCUGUCCAACAAUACGGUCCGCCAUAUAGCGCACCAAAUGUACCCCACCUUCAGAACGGCGACCAUCAUCCUUACAGUAGUUGCGCUCAGCGUUUGAAUCAUCCGAGUCAAACCCAAAGUCCGAGAACUCCUACACCGUCGGCUACACCAGUGCCGAGUUGCAAGUAUGCCGAGGCCUCGACGGGUGGAUCGCCGCAAGACCUCACGACAACAGGACCACAUCAGCAGCACCAACCUUCGAGUCCCGAUCCCCAGUCUUCGCCUCCCACACCACGUCCCGUCGGUGUCCAACAAAAAUCCCACCAACAACAGCAACAGUCGGCUCAGCAGCCUUCUCCGCAACCACCACAGCAACCCCAUCAACAGACAUCGCCGACACCUCAACCGCAGUCACCGGGAGGACAGUCGGCGUCGCAGAAACAGAACUACACAACACCACAGAUUUAUCCAUGGAUGAGAAAAGUCCACGUCGGUCAAAGUAAGUCCAAAUUUCUUGGCUUCUACGUUCCGAUGUAG